AUGAGCAACCCGCUCCCAGACCCCGCAUUCCGCGAGCAGGACGAGGAUGAAGAGGAGGAGGGCGGGUGGGGCGCUCUCAUGAAGGCACAGCAAGCCCAGCGGGAGCAGCAGGAGCAGCAGCAGGAUAACCGCGGCCUGGGGAAGGAACGAUCAGCAGCAGCAGCUGGUGAUACAGAUGGUGGUGCUGCUGCUGGUGCCGGCACUGGUGGUACGAAUAGGGGUAGCGCUGCUGCUGCUGCUGCUACUAGUGCAACCACCAGGCCCAUAACCGACUCGUUAUCAGCAGACUCGAUACCAGCAGAGGCCAACGCGACUUUCCUGCGCCUGCUGCAGCAGCAGGGCGACUACGCAUGCACCCUGUGGGUGCGCAACGUGUGCUACGCCUUCAACCCCCUCUUCCACUCCGUGCCCGUCGCCAACCACGAGAUCGAAAAGAUCAUGCUGCGCGAGCGAAUCACGGACCGCCACGUGGGCGUGUGGUUCUGGAAGGACCCCAGAUACGACCUGUCCCGGUUGAACCUAUCUGGAAACAUCUGCACGGGGAAAUCCGCUCUCCCACCGCUGAGGAAAGAGCAUUUCUCGAGUGCGGACGUGCGGGAUGUGCCAGAGCUGAGUGGGCGCGUGGGGCUGUUUGUGCAUGCCACGCAACGACCAGAGGAGUGGCGGGGCGUGGGCGUGGUGUCGCUGAGGGACGGGCACCUGGGGCACUUCGUGGAGUUCAUCGGUGCCAUGACUGAACUCGCCUCACACCUGCCCACUGGCAAGAGGGACAGGGACGUGCCAGGCACGCAAGUGGCAGCGGCAGGCAAGGAUUCUCCAGGCAGGGAGGUGGCAUCUGGGGGAGGGACGGCUCCUGAUGAUGCUGCUGCUGCUGGUGACAGUGCUGGUAGUGCUGGUGCUGGUGCUGGCGCUGGUGAUGCUGCUGGUGUCAGUGGUGGUGCGGCUGCUGCUGCUGGUGGGGAUGAUGGAAAGGAGGGGGACAGGGUUGAUGUGCAGCCAGUGCUCUUCUUUCCAAGUGGUGCGGGAAUAUCAAGGUGGGUGGCGGCAGCUGGUGCAGUUGCCAUGCGCGGCCCUCAAGCCUUGCGGGACUUUCAGGGCAUGAGAGCCCCCCAAGCCUUGAGGGAGCAUCAAGGCACGAAAGACCACGCCGGCAUGCGAGGGCUUAAGGGCACGCGACAGCAGAGGACGCAGGGGGGAGUAGACGCAGCAGGGGCAGCCGUGGCAGCAGGGGCGGCAGGGGCAGCAGGGGGAGAAGCAGCAAGAGCAGCAGCAGGGGCCGCACUGGCAGCAGCAGAAUCUCCUCCACCAGCAGUGGAGGCAGGGCGGGUGUGGACGCACACGACGUGCUUCCAGGACGCCUUCUUCCCGCUCUCCAUCGCCCACGCGCCCUCCUCCGCCGACCUCUUCCGCCUCUGGGUCGCGCAGGGCGCCGGGCUUGGCAAGACCCUUAAAGCCCAGCAGGCCGAUCCGAGGAUUUGGACGGAUGAGAUUGAACGGAUGGGGGGGAGUGGUGGGGGGAGAGGGGAGCGUGGGGCAGGGGGUGAGAGAGGGGAGAGAGGAGGGGGAGGGGGGUUGAGGAGGGGUAGUGUGAAGGAUGGAGGGCGGAAGGGGUUGGAGAAGGGGGUGGAAAAGGGGGAUGUGGGCGAGAAGAAUGGAGAGAGAAAGGGGGGAGGGAAAGGAGGGAGAGGCAAUGGGGAAGGUGAGAAGAAAAUUGAUAAGAAAGGGAGGAGCGAUGGGGAGGAUAAGAAAGAUGAGGAAAAAGGGAAGAAGAAUGGGGGAAGUGAGAAGAAAGUUGAGAAGGGAGGGAGGAGCAGUGGGGGAAGUGAGAAGAAUGCAAAUGCAAGUGUGAGUGGUGGGGAGAGGAGAAAGAGGACAGAUAAACACAGUGAAAGGGAUAAGGGAGGCGGAAAUGGUGGGAAUGGGGGGAAUGGGGGGAAAAGGAGGAAUGAGAGAGAGGAUGGUAAGGAGGAGAAAGCAGGAGAGAAAGGGGGGGAUCGGAAAAUAAGUCGUCCUGGCAAGGGAGGGGAGAAAAAGGGGGUGAUUUCACAUGUUUCAGGUGCUUCAGUUGUUUCAACUGCUUCAGGUGUUAGAAGAGCCGCGACGGGCAGAGGAAGCAUGAAGUCCCACUCAAGCAGACACCUGCUGCAGCUGCAGUUGGGGAAGGGAGACCUCCCCGUGAGACACCUUAAAGCCGAGGGAACAACAAAUGUGAGCAGCAGAGAGCGGCAGCAACAGCAGCGGCGGCAGCCGGGGCAUGGAGAGAGUGGGAGGCGGGCUGCAGGGAGGAGGGUGGCAUGGCAGAUAACAGUGGUGGAGCGCAGGGGCGUGCGCACCAUCAGCAACUUCCGCCCCAUGGUUGGGCUACUCAGGGCCGUCUUUCCCCGCCUGCCUGUCAAGGUCGUCUCGCUGGAGGUACAUUUAUCUGCCAACUCUCUUCUCUUCUCCUCCAUUUUAGCUGGUUCAUCUCUUCUCUCCACUAGGGUCCUUUCCUUUCCUCAUGUCUUCCCAACACUGCCGGUCAAUCGGGUCGUUUCAGAGACUGCCAUGCCGUUCGCCGCCCAGGUGCGGACGAUGCACCGGACGGCGUUGCUUGUCUCGAUGCACGGGGCGUCCAUGGCCAACGUGGUGCUGCUGCAGAAAGGGGCGGCAGCACUUGAGAUCAUGCCAUAUAUGUGGCACUAUGGCGCGUACAAGCGCAUAGCACUGCGGUGGGGAGUGCACUACUACAUGUGGCGCAACGAGCAUCGCAACCUCUCCACCUACACCGACAACUGUCUCGACGCCAACGGCUUCAGCCAAUGGCAGCCCGCCAAGUGUCACACGGUCACGGCCUGCAGGGCGUGCAUUCGAGAUAAGGUGGUAACAGAGGUGCACCUGGGGGAGCUAAGAUCUGCUUUGCUGGCUGCCAAGGAGGUGGUUGACCAAUGGGAGCUUAGGAGGGGAAGAUCCUUUGUAGAGCUGUCUGAUGACUUGACUGCAGAUAAGUAG